GACGGACUGACUUACCGACCAUUCUUCCGGGUGCGGAAGGUGAGCUCCACCCGUGCUCAGAAUCCAGGGGCCCGGGACAGUAGGUAGGAGUUAAGUGGGUAGGGUCCCUUAACCAGGGUUGUCCGGUGUGGGUGGUGUGUGUUGUUUCGCCUAACGUGUCAGUGGCACAAAUCACGCGAACUCAUAAACAUUGUGCGUUCGGAAGGCUUUUCAAGAUGCCUUUAAUCCCUGCGUAAGCCCACGUUAAGCAUUCACGAAGGCAUGUGCUCUGUUCUCUCGGAAGCGGCCGGCCGGCUUCCCCUCCUCGGGCGCCGCUGCGGGCGCAGGUCCUCAAGUCCCAGCCUCCCAUGGGCCCAAGGCCUUCUGGGCUCCAAUUUGAGGCGAAGCCACCCCAGUUUCGUAAUUUUUCUGCAGUGAUUUAUUUUUACCUUUCAGGUAAGUUCGAAAGCUUCCAGCUCACUUUCAGAUAUUUCCACUAACGUAACUACGUAUUUGCAACAUACUUUUUUCAGAUUCCUUGACAAGAAUAUCCUAGUGACCAAACACCACCUUACUGGGAGUCAGAACGUCUGGGUUCUAGUCUUGACUGCCAUUAACUAGCGGUAUGACACUGGAGACGCCUUUUUGACCACUAUGGAUUUACGUUUCCUUUUCUGUAAAAUGAGGAGCUUGGAAUAAGUGACAAAUUUCCUUCCAGUUUUGACAUUUGGGUUAUUGCCUCCAAUAUGUCUUUCCAGUUUCUGCCUCAAUUACAUAUCUGUGCUUUGGUUAAUAUCUUGUAGUGUCCUUCCUCCCAUUCCCUUAAUCUGUGCUCUUCUCGAAUCUGGUUUCAUACUCGUUUAAAAAUUAUUUUCUCAAGGAAUCCUGUGUUUCCCGAGCACUCUACUUUUGGUCCAGGGGCACAACCGUAAAGAUCCAGAAAAUGAGGCCCAUAGGAAACAAGUGACUUGCUGAGUCCAGAUAACACUUACUAUCAGAGUUCAAGCGAUUCUCCUGCCUCAGCCUCCCGAGUAGCUGGGACUACAGGCAUGUGCCACCACGUCCAGGAGAAACAUGAACCAGAAGCUAUUGAAAUUGGAGAACUUGCUACGAUUUCACACUAUUUAUAGGCAACUGCACAGUCUGUGUCAAAGAAGAGCAUUAAGACAGUGGAGCCAUGGGUUUUCAUCUGCGUACCCUGUGUGGACAGCUCAGCUGUAUGCCUGGCCCUGGCCAACAGAAAUGCUCACUGGGGCUGCUUUAUCUCAGUAUAGGUUUCUAGUAACAAAAAAGGAAGAAAGACCACAGAAAUCUCAGUUAUCUUCAACAAAAUCUAAAAAGGUGGUAGAAGUAUGGAUUGGAAUGACUGUUGAGGAACUGGCCAGGGCAAUGGAAAAAAACACAGAUUAUAUAUAUGAAGCUUUAUUGAACACUGCUAUUGACAUAGAUUCACUGGAAGCAGACUCACAUUUAGAUGACGUCUGGAUCAAGGAAGUGAUAAUGAAGGCAGGGAUGAAGUUAAAGUGGAGUAAAUUGAAACAGGACAAAGUCAAAAAAAAUAAAGAUGCUGUAAGAAGGCCCCAGGCAGAUCCAGCUUUAUUAACCCCAAGGUCCCCGAUUGUUACUAUAAUGGGCCAUGUUGAUCACGGGAAAACGACAUUACUUGACAAACUUCGAAAAACUCAAGUGGCAGCAAUGGAAGUUGGAGGCAUCACUCAGCACAUUGGUGCCUUUCUUGUUUCUCUGCCUUCUGGGGAAAAGAUAACUUUUCUUGAUACUCCAGGACAUGCUGCUUUCUCAGCAAUGAGAGCCAGAGGGGCUCAGGUCACUGACAUUGUCAUCUUGGUUGUAGCUGCAGAUGAUGGGGUGAUGAAACAAACUGUAGAAUCUAUUCAGCAUGCCAAAGAUGCACAAGUUCCUAUUGUCCUUGCCAUAAAUAAAUGUGACAAAGCUGAGGCUGAUCCUGAAAGAGUGAAAAAAGAGCUGCUGGCUUAUGAUGUGGUAUGUGAAGAUUAUGGAGGUGAUGUUCAAGCAGUGCCUGUCUCCGCACUUACGGGCAAUAAUCUGAUGGCUUUGGCAGAAGCAACAAUUGCUCUUGCAGAAAUAUUAGAAUUGAAAGCAGAUCCCAAUGGUCCAGUGGAAGGAACAGUAAUAGAGUCUUUCACAGACAAAGGAAGAGGUCCUGUUACUACAGCUAUAAUUCAAAGAGGAACUUUAAGAAAAGGCUGUGUUCUGGUUGCUGGAAAUUGUUGGGCAAAAGUACGCUUAAUGUUUGAUGAAAAUGGAAAAACAAUCCAUGAGGCCCAUCCCAGCAUGCCAGUGGGAAUUACAGGCUGGAGAGACCUUCCUUCUGCAGGAGAAGAAAUUCUUGAAGUAGAAUCUGAGCCAAGGGCACGUGAAGUUGUUGACUGGAGGAAGUAUGAACAAGAACAGGAGAAAGGUAAAGAGGAUGUGAAAAUAAUAGAAGAAAAGCGAAAGGAACACCAAGAAGCAUAUCAGAAAGCCCGUGAGAAGUAUAGCAAUGUGCAGUGGAAGAAGAGAUCACUUCUACAGUAUUUAGAAAUAAAAGAACAAACAUCCUUAAAGCGAAAAGAGGAAAUGGAAAGAGAUUCAAAUGUACUUCCUGUGAUUAUUAAAGGUGAUGUUGAUGGUUCUGUUGAGGCCAUUUUGAACAUUAUAGAUACCUAUGAUGCUUCACACGAGUGUGAACUAGAAUUAGUACAUUUUGGAGUAGGUGAUAUAAGUGCAAAUGAUGUUAACCUUGCUGAAACAUUUAAUGGUGUUAUAUAUGGCUUUAAUGUGAAUGUAGGCAAAGUUAUCCAAGAGUCAGCUGCAAAAAAAGGUGUAAAAAUGAAACUUCACAAAAUAAUUUACCGUCUUGUUGAAGAUUUGCAAGAGGAACUGAGCAGCAGAUUACCCUGUGCUGUGGAAGAGCACCCAGUAGGUGAGGCAUCUAUACUAGCUACCUUCUCUAUAACAGAAGGGAAGAAAAAAGUUCCUGUGGCUGGCUGCAGAGUCCAAAAGGGACAGUUAGAAAAACAAAAAAAAUUUAAAUUAACCCGUGAUGGACAUGUAAUUUGGAAGGGUUCAUUAACCUCACUGAAACACCAUAAAGAUGACAUUUCAAUUGUCAAAACGGGAAUGGAUUGUGGUCUCAGUUUAGAUGAAGAAAAUAUGGAAUUUAAAGUGGGAGAUAGAAUUGUUUGUUACGAAGAAAAACAAAUUCAAGCCAAGACUUCUUGGGAUCCAGGAUUUUAAAAUACAUUAAAGAUGUAAAUAACUCAA